AUGCCAGUGCCAUCCGUUGUGGUUUCGAAUUUUCGUUCCAAGAAGGAGAGUUUGCGUAGCAACGCGCACGUACAAAUUUCUGGUCUGUUCACGGCCUUCCCGCAGACGUUGCAAGCCGUCCAACCUUGCUACUGGGGGAUAUGCAUGCUAUAG